AUUUUCAAAUAGAAGGGCUAUUUAUUAUCCUUUCCUGAUAUACAUAUACCGCGUUUUCACCGAUUCACCUUUCUAGGGUUUCUCUUUCUCUGCAAUCGAAGGUAAGGCGCGCAGCUAAGCAACCAAACCAGCAGCCAUGGUUCUCAAGACGGAACUGUGUCGUUUCAGUGGAUCCAAGAUAUACCCUGGGAGAGGCAUUAGGUUUAUUCGUUCUGAUUCUCAGGUGUUCCUGUUUCUCAAUUCAAAAUGCAAGAGGUACUUCCACAACAAAUUGAAGCCAUCGAAGCUUACCUGGACCGCCAUGUACAGAAAGCAACAUAAGAAGGAUAUUGCUCAAGAGGCUGUGAAGAAGAGGCGACGUGCUGCCAAGAAGCCCUACUCUAGGUCCAUCGUUGGUGCCACCUUAGAGAUUAUCCAGAAGAGGAGAGCUGAGAAGCCAGAAGUUCGUGAUGCUGCUAGGGAAGCUGCUCUCCGUGAAAUUAAGGAAAGGAUCAAGAAAACAAAGGAUGAAAAGAAGGCAAAGAAGGCAGAAGUAGUUGCCAAAACACAGAAGUCGCAGGGUAAGGGUAGCAAUCCCAAGGGAGCUGCACCGAAGGGUCCUAAGCUUGGAGGUGGUGGUGGAAAGCGCUGAGCCACUGUUUUGUUCGUAUUUUCUUUUCAUGGAGUAACAGUUAGUACAAUCUUUCAUUUUUGAAUGCUGUGUAAGAAUUGAUUGGUCUUGUUGCAAUCAUUUUUCCCCGUCUUUUUAUCGUAUGCCUGGCACCUGGUUGUUGAA